ACAAACAAGUUAGGUGGGUUAUAUUCCGACAUGACUGAGUUACCUGGGUAGUAGUGGCUGGCUGAGCUCAAACCAAAUAACACAGUCAUCGGUUCUUGGCAGAAACAGAUCACUUAGAAAGCAAAGAUAAUUCCUCCUUUAAGUCACGACAAGGCAGAAGCAGAAAAAGCAUCAAAGUCAUGCUUCUCCAAUCAACAGUGAAAAUGUUUUGAGUGCCUAAGAAAUUUUAUAAGCAUUGACUUCAUUGGACACCAUGACUGGCUGGGUGAUCUCUCUGAUGAGUAUUGAAGUACUACUUUUGUCAGUACCUCACCUGAGUUUACAUAUUGAGCCUGAAGAAGGUAGCUUGGCAGGUGGAAUGUGGAUCACAAUCACAUUUGAUGGUUGGGACUUGAGUGUUCUUUACCCCAACAACGGCUCUCGACUGGAGAUAAGCCUGGUGAAUGUGGCAGUACCUGCACUGCCAAGCGUCCCCUGUGACAUCACUCCUGUUUUCUUGGCUGUGCCUGUAGUGAUGUGCCAGACCAGAUCUCUGUUAUCCCAAGCAUAUGAGGGUCUGUAUUCCCUGGAAGUGCGCUCUGGUGGACAGGUGGUGGGACCACAGGACAACUGUACUUUCAAGUUUUCUAAGGCACAGACACCUGUUAUUUACCAAGUUAAUCCACCAAAUGGAGUUCCAGGAAAACUAAUACAUGUAUAUGGUUGGAUUAUCACUGGAAAGCUGGAAACCUUUGAUGCUGAUGCUGAGUACAUUGAUAGCCCAUUGGUCUUGGAGGCUCAAAGGGAAAAGUGGAUCACUCCUUGUUCUCUUAUAAACAGGCAGACAGGAAACCACUACCCUUUCCAGGAAGACCGUGGUCUUGGGACUCUGACAUGCCGUGUGGAAGGCGAUUACAUAGGCUCCCAGAAUGUUAGCUUCUCAGUAUUUAACAAAGGAAAGUCAAUGGUAAACAAAAGUGCAUGGCUGAUCAGUGCCAAACAGGACCUUUUCCUGUACCAGACACACUCAGAAAUACUAUCUGUGUUUCCAGAAACUGGGAGCCUUGGAGGAGGAACAGACAUCACAAUUACAGGAGACUUCUUUGACAGUUCUUCCCAGGUUACCACUGCAGGCAUUCCAUGUGAUAUCAGCCAUGUGUCUCCCAGGAAGAUUGAGUGCACUACCAGGGCGCCAGGAAAAGGUGCAAGGCUCACUGCUCCUCAGGCAGGCAAUCGAGGGCUUCUUUUUGAAGUUGGAGAUGCUGUCGCAGGCUUGGAACUGACAGAAGCCACCCCUGGGUACCGGAGGCAGAUUGUGCCUAAUGCUAGUUCUUCAUUUGGAUUUUGGUCAAAGGAAGGACAGCCUUUCAGAGCACGACUCAGUGGAUUCUUUGUGGCUCCAGAGACAAAUAAUUACACAUUCUGGAUCCAGGCAGACAGCCAAGCUUCCUUGCAUUUCAGUUGGUCAGAAGAACCGAGGACCAAGGUGAAAGUGGCCUCCAUUCAGGUUGGCACUGCUGACUGGUUUGACUCCUGGGAGCAGAGUGGGAGUGAAGGGACCUGGCAGCAGAAGAGUCCCAAACUGGAACUGUUGGGGGGAGCCAGGUACUACCUGGAGGCAGAGCAUCAUGGGACAGCCCCCAGCAGUGGAAUGAGAAUUGGUGUCCAGAUCCACAACACCUGGCUGAAUCCUGAUGUGGUCACCACUUACCUCCGAGAGAAGCACCAGAUCAGUGUCAGAGCCCAGAGACUUCCAGAAAUACAGACGCUGACUGUAUCAGGCAAGGGGGACUUUUCCCUUACUUGGGACACCAUUUCCAGCCAGCCACUUCCUGCAAAUGCCACCGCUCACCAGAUUCAAACCGCCAUUGAAAAGUUACUUGCAGUAAAAUGCAAACUGGAACCGCCCUCAGCUAACAUCCUACUUCGACUUGGAUUUGAACAAGGUCUCGAAGGCUCCAGCUCCCGUGGGGACCUCACCAGUGGGACAGAGCCCUUCUGUGGCAGAUUCAGCCUCCGUCAGCCUCGACACCUUGACCUGAUCCCCCCAGGUGCACAGAAGGGCUAUUGGCUGGAUCACUACCCACAACUCUGCAUGGCAUACAAAGGCCACAGGAGUACGAUCCUCAGGAUGACUGUAUCUUUCAUCAUCGGCUUUCAAAACAUCACAAAGACCAGCACCUGUGACUUGAGCCUCAUGGGAAUCAGCCCCCAGAGCUGGCGGUUCACGUGCACUGAUCUUUGGGAUAUGUGUGUGUAUCACUCCGGGAAUCUCCAGAUGCCUCUGGUCAAAGCCUCUGUGCUGGUUCAUCAGAUCUCCCUCUUCUCGGUGGCCCUGGAGACGGGCUUGCUUUACUUGGAUGAAAUUAUCAUUGCAGACACAAACCUAACAGUUUCCCAAGAUGAUUCUGCAACUGCUCGCCCAGGAGGAAAUCUGGUGGAAUCCGUCUCCGUGGUGGGGUCCCAUAUGGCCUACAAUAUAACUUCCUGGGUGGCAGGAUGCGGCGCAGAGCUCCCCCUCCUUACUGCACGCGCUGUGCCCUCUGAAGGAGAAGACUCUGGGUCUGUCCAAGUGAUGACACAAAGACUGCAGAAGACAAGUCCCCCUUUGGGAGGACACUUUCGCAUCCAACUUUCUAACACAGUGAUUUCUGAUGUCUCUGUGCACAUGUCUGCUGUUCACCUUCACAAGCUCUUGCAGGACAACGCUGACGACUUCACAUCCAGAUACCUCAGCGCUGGUGACUUCACUGUAAAGGAAGAUCUAAACUCUUGCUAUGAACAUGUAUGGACCCUUUCCUGGGCCACCCAAGUUGGGGACUUGCCCAACUUUAUCAAAGUCUCUGAUCAAAAUCUCACUGGUGUGAAUCCUGCUGUAGCCAUUCGUGUGGUGUAUGAUGGUGGGGUUUUCCUCGGACCCAUAUUUGGAGACAUGUUGGCUGCUGCUCACCAGCACACUCAGGUGGUUGUGCGAGUGAAUGACAUACCAGCUCAAUGUCUGGGUUCCUGUUCUUUCCGGUACCUCACAGGGGCAACUCCCAAGGUUCAUUCUAUGCGGUAUUCUCUUGAUGGUGACACCAGCCUGCUGGUUUAUAUUACUGGAACUGGUUUUUCAGAUGAUUCCAAGUCUUUCCACGUUGUGGUGAACAAAACAAGUUGUAAAGUUAUUUUCUCAAACCAAACAAUUUUGGUGUGUCAGACAGACCUGCUCCCAGUGGGAGUGCAUCAGGUCUCAGUGUUGAUGAGACCCUCUGGUCUAGCGGUCAAUGCCAGUGGAAAAGGCCUCCUCCUAUACUUGGAACCCAGACUGGAUGCUGUGGAGCCUUCCAGAGCUGCAGAGAUUGGAGGGCUCUGGGCCACCAUCCGAGGCUCUAAUUUGGAAGAUGUUAGCCUUGUGCUAUUUGGAUCUCAGUCUUGUGCCAUCAAUGUCACUACAAGACAUUCACGAAGACUUCAAUGCAAAGUUCCACCCAGGGGGCAAGAUGGCCACAUAGUGGAUGUGACUGUGUUCAGCGGGAACCAUUCUACAGUUCUUCCCAGAGCAUUUACAUAUGUUUCCUCUUUAAACCCAGUUAUUGUGUCUCUAAGCAGAAACAGAAGCAACAUAGCAGGAGGCGAGACCCUUUUCAUUGGAAUGGCACUUCUGGAGAAUUACGCGGAUCUGGAUGUGGAAAUCUGUGUCCAGGACACCUUGGCUCAGGCUCACACAUGGACGGCUCAGGGCCUGCGGGUGGUGCUACCACCGCGGCUCCCCGGCCUCCACACGCUCUCGGUUUCCAUCAAUGGCAUCAGCAUCCACUCCAAAGGGGUUGAUCUCCACAUCUGGUACAUUACAGAAGUUUUCAGCAUUGAGCCUUGCUGUGGUUCCCUUCUGGGUGGGACCAUCCUCAAUAUCUCCGGAGUAGGCUUCAGCAGAGAUCCCGCUUUGGUUUGGGUACUCGUGGGAAAUCAAUCCUGUGACAUUGUGGACUCAACAGAGACAAGCAUCUGUUGUGAGACUCCAUCGGCCCCUCUUUUGUCCAGUGCAGACUCUCUUCCUGUUUCCGUGGAGGUCUGGACUGGCAACGUGUCUUUCAUCCAUGGACCUGCACCGAGCUUAGUGGGGAAGGGCUUUACUUUCAUGUAUGAAUCAGCAACAACCCCAGUAGUUACUGCCAUGUGGGAAGAGAUCACUAACAGUAGUCUGAAGUUUUAUCUGGAAGGAAAUCAUCUCUCCAACUCAGUCAUCCUUCUGGGGAACCUGAAAUGUGACCUAGAGACACAGUAUUUUGGUGGCAAUGUGAGUCUAUCUGGGUGUGCCUUUCCUUUUCACAGUCUGGAGGCAGGCGUCUAUCCUAUCCAAGUACGUCACAAGGACAUGGGGUUUGCUAAUAUGUCGGUAGUGUCCCAGCACUUUGCAGUGAUGCCUUGGAUAAGCACUACCAUCCCAAUGCACAGUUUGGCAUGUGGUGGGACAGUAUUCACCAUAAUGGGGACGCCCUUCAAAUCUAGAAAGAGGUCUAUUCAGGUUGACAUUCUAGGUCCUUUUACUCAUGUGAUACUGAGUUUGAGAGAUGACACACUUGUCUGCCAAGUUGAUCUGGUAGGUGACCACUUGACUGGAGCUUUCUUUACUUUUAACAUCACAGUACUGGUCAAAGAAGUAGACAGCAAAUGUCAGGAGAACUGCACUGUCUUCAUGCAGGAAGAGACAAGUCCUGUCAUGGACAUCCUGGCUGCAGACAUCAAUGGGUCCCUGAUCACCAUUCUAAUGAUGGAUCAGAAGCUGGGCAGCACUGCUGAUGAGCCGAUAGAGUUUAUGGAUAACCAGCUUCCUUGUGACCUGACUUCCUUCAAUGCAAGCCAUGUGACGUGUCAUAUUAAUGGCUUGACACCAGGACUCCACUACCUGGCAGUUGUUCAUAUAAGUAAUGGGUGUGUUUUGGGGGGUAAUGUUUCCAAGUACUUCUCCAUCAUACCUCAAGUGUUUCAUUAUUACCCUAAGAAUUUCAGCAUACAUGGUGGGAGCCUCUUGGCUAUAGAGGGCACAGCCCUGAGAGGGCAGAACACCACCUCAGUCUAUGUGGGCCAGCAGGCCUGUCUGAUUGUACACAUCAGUUCUGAGCUCAUCCAGUGCAUCGCUCCUGCAGGAAAUGGCUCUGUUGCUCUGGAAAUAGAGGUGGAUGGAAUUUUGUAUCACAUAGGAGUCAUUGAUUAUAGUGAUGCCUUCACCCCAGAAUUGAUCUCCGUUUCUCAGAUUGAUGACAUCUUAACCUUUGCAGUGGCCCAGAUCUCAGAAGCUGUGAAUAUGGAUAUUUUUAUUGGGAUGUCCCCCUGUGUGGGUGUCUCUGGUAACAGCACGGUUGUCCAGUGCAUGGUUCCUUUGCUCCCUGCUGGGCAAUACCAUGUCCGAGGAUAUGACCAUUCCAGAGGGUGGGCCUCAUCUGCUCUUGUGUUCACAGUGAGAGCUGCUGUUAUUGCAGUGACUGAGAAUUUUGGCUGUCUGGGAGGAAGCCUGGUACAUGUGUUUGGAGCAGGGUUUUCUCCAGGAGCCAUCUCAGCAGCCGUGUGCGGGGCUCCCUGCCACGUCUUGGCCAAUGCCACAGUGUCUGCUUUCAGCUGCUUGGUUCGGCCCCUGGAUGUGUCCUUGGCUUUCCUUUGCGGUCUGAAGAAAGAAGAGGACGGUUGUGAAGCUCCCGUCCACACCUACGUGCGGUGUGACUUGACUGUCACUGUGGGAACACAGACACUGGCUGGGUCCUGGCAUUACCUCUACACUUGUGAAGAGGGUUCCCAGUGUGUCCCUGUGCCAGACUGGUGGACAGAGCCGGGAUUUCCAUCCUUUUCAGGCCUCUUCAUCAGCCCUAAAGUGGAAAGAGAUGAAGUUCUCAUCUAUAAUAGCUCCUGUACCAUUACCAUGGAAACUGAGGCAGAGAUGGAGUGUGAGACGCCUAAUCAGCCAAUUACCACCAAGAUUACUGAGAUACGGAAAAGCUGGGGCCAGAACACUCAGGGCAAAUUUUCCCUGCAGUUUUGCCUGAGGUGGUCCAAGACUCACAGCUGGUUUCCUGGCAGACGGCCACAAGAUGGCGAUAACGUCACAGUGGAGCAGGGCCAGCAGCUGCUGCUUGACACGAAUACCAGCAUCCUCAAUUUACUGCACGUUAAAGGAGGCAAGCUGAUUUUCAUGGGUCCAGGACCGGUUGAGCUCAGGGCCCAUGCCAUCCUUGUUUCUAACGGUGGAGAGCUCCAAAUUGGAUCAGAGGACAAGCCCUUCCAAGGAAAAGCUCAGAUCACACUCUAUGGGAGUUCCCACUCCACUUCCUUCUUUCCCUAUGGUUUCAAGUUCCUGGCUGUGAGGAAUGGAACUCUUUCACUGCAUGGUUCUGUACCAGAAAUAACUGUCACCCACCUUCGAGCAGUUGGCCGUGCUGGAGACACAGUGUUGGCUCUGGAAGAUGCUGUGGACUGGCAUUCAGGGGAUGAAGUUCUCAUUGUCAGUAGUACAGGGGUUGGAGGCGCCAGCCUACGAGAAGAGAUUGUCAUUGUGGAGACUGUGCACCAUGCAGACCUCCACCUUCGGGCACCGCUGAGAUAUUCUCAUGACUACUCAGAGAAUUGGUUGGCUGGAAAGCACCAUAUUUUAAAGGCCACAGUGGCUUUGCUCAGCAGGAGUAUUACCAUAAAAGGAAAUCUUACUCAAGAGAGGAGGAAAUUUCUUGCUUCAUGCGAGAAGACCAAUGUUGCAGAAGGUAAUCUGCUGCACUGUUUGUAUUCCAAAAGCGAGAAGGUGCUGGGAUCCAGGGAUCUGGGGGCCAGAGUCAUCAUUCAGUCUUUCACAAAGGAGCCCAGCCGGGUCCAGCUGAAGGGGGUGCAGUUCCAAGACAUGGGACAAGCCUUCCAAAAGCACUUGAGCUCCAUCAUGGUAGUGGGAGCAAUGAGAGGUUCCUACAUCCAGGGUUGCACUGUUUGGAGGUCUUUCAGCAGAGGCCUUGACCUGGGCAGCACCUGGGGGCUGGAGGUGGACAGGAAUGUAUUCUAUAAGAUUUUAGGCCAUGCACUGCUAGUAGGGACACACAUGGAGAUAGGAUAUAUCCCCUGGGAGUUUAGUCCUGGAAGAAAACAUGGUUGGUCAGAACAGGGGAAUAUAAUAAGAAACAACAUGAUCAUCAGUGUUUCUGGUGCUGAGGGUCUCUCCAGUCCUGAAAUGUUGACACCAUCUGGCAUUUACAUCCGCAGUCCUACCAAUGUUGUAGAGGGGAACAGAGUCUGUGCUGCUGGCUACGGCUACUUUUUUCAUCUUGUGAACAACCAAACAUCAGAAGCCCCCCUCCUCUCAUUCACCCAGAACACUGCACAUUUCUGCACCAGGUUUGGACUCUUUGUAUAUCCUAAGUUUCAUCCACCUUGGGAUCAUGACACUGGCCUUACUCUGUUUCAAAAUUUCAUGGUUUGGGGAAGUGCAGGUGGUGCUCAGAUUUUCAAAAGUAGCAAUCUUCACCUGAAAAACUUCCAAGUUUAUUCAUGCAGAGAUUUUGGAAUUGACAUCUUGGAAAGUGAUGCAAAUACUUCAGUGACUGACAGCUUAUUACUUGGUCAUUUCACCCACAAGUCACAAGAAAGAUUAUGUAUGUCAGCUGGGAUUAAGACUCCCAAAAGAUCAGAACUGAUGAUUUCUAACACAACCUUUGUUAAUUUUGAUGUCAUCAACUGUGUGGCCAUUAGAACCUGUUCGGGCUGUUCCCGAGGACAGGGUGGAUUUACUGUGAAGACAAACCAUUUGAAGUUUAUAAACUCUCCAAACUUAGUAGCAUUUCCAUUUCCUCAUGCGGCAAUUUUAAAAGACUUGGAUGGAUCUCUGUCUGGGAAAGAUAAAAGUCAUAUUCUUGCUUCUAUGGAAACCCUUCCAGAUUCUUGUUCGGUCAAUGCAAACUUCAGUCAGAUUGUCCAAGGCAGUGUCUGUGGGGAAGGUGUUCUCUUUCAUCGUAUGUCCAUUGGGUUAACAAGUGCUCCUGAUGUUUUUUGUGAUUUAAUCAUCACUGAUAGUAGAAAUAAGACAACCACUGUCAAUUACGUCCAUGACACGUUGUCUAACUGUUAUGGCUGGAUGGCUGUGCUCUUGGAUCAAGAGACUUACUCACUGAGAUUUGCGGAUCCUUGUAUCAACAAAUCUUUGCAGUACUCAGCAACAUUUGACAACUUUUCUCCUGGAAGUUACCUCCUGGUUGUGCACACAAACUUGCCACCUUCCCCUCGUAUCCUCAUGAGAUGUGGGAGUCGAGUGGGACGAUCUCUUUUGUCUCUUCCCUUACCUGCUCAAGAUCAAGGCUGUGACUGGUUUUUCAACAGCCAAUCAAGGCAACUCACCUAUCUAGUUUCAGGUGAAGAUCAAGUUCAAGUGAGUCUCCAGGUAGAGGAAGGCGAGGUGCUCCCAACUAUUUCUGCUUCUAAAGCUGCACCCAAAUCAGCUUUAAAAUGGUCCCUCUCUGCGACAUGGCAGGAUGUUGAAGAAGGCUGGGGCGGACACAACCACACCAUUCCAGGUCCUGGGGCCGAUGUCCUGAUUUUACCCAACAAGACUGUUCUCGUGGAUACAGAGCUUCCAUUCCUCAAGGGCCUUUACGUGAUGGGGACUCUAGAAUUCCCCGUGGACAAGAGCAAUGUUCUGAGUGUGGCAUGUCUGGUCAUUGCAGGAGGGGAGAUGAAAGUAGGUACUUUAGAAAAUCCCUUAGAAAAAGAACAAAAGUUUCUCAUUCGCCUUAGAGCCUCAGAAGGAGUCUUCUGUGAUCGUCUCAAUGGAAUUCGUAUUGACCCAGGAACAAUUGGGGUUUAUGGGAAGUUUCAGCUUCACGGUGCUUACCCUAAGAAAUCCUGGACUCGUCUUGCUGCUGAUAUUGCCCCAGGAAAUGAUAGAAUUAUAGUAGAAGAUGUGGUGGAUUGGAAACCUGAUGACAAAAUUGUUCUUAGUUCCUCGUCCUAUGAGCCACACGAAGCAGAGGUACUCUCCAUCAGAGAAGUCAAGGGCCACCACAUUAGAGUCCAUGGGCGUCUCCAACACCGGCACAUUGGAAGUUCCCAUGUCACGGAGGAUGGCAAGCACAUUUCUUUGGCUGCUGAGGUUGGACUGUUGGCCCGAAAUAUACAAAUCCAGUCGGACACGUCAUGUAGUGGGACACUGCUGGUGGGGUCCCUCAGGAAAUCUCCCAGAGAAGAAUUUUCAGGUGUUCUUCAAUUUCUAAAUGUGGAAAUUUGGAACUUUGGGUCACCACUGUACUCAUCCAUUGAAUUCACUAAUGUAUCAUCGGAAUCUUGGAUAUUAUCUUCCACCCUGCACCAAAACUGUGGUGGAGGCAUUCGUGCAUCUGCCAGUCAUGGAAUAAUUUUAAAUGACAAUAUAGUCUUUGGCACAGCUGGUCAUGGCAUUGACUUGGAAGGUGAAGCCUAUUCCCUCACUAAUAACCUUAUAGUUCUGAUGACACAGUCAGCGUGGUCCACCACUUGGGUGGCAGGAAUCAAAGUCGAUCAGGCAAAGGAUACCCUUCUCCGUGGCAACGUUGUGGCGGGAUCAGAGAGACUUGGCUUCCACAUACAGGGGCACAAGUGCUCCUCUGAAAUGUUUUGGUCUGACAAUGUGGCCCACUCCAACCUUCAUGGCCUUCACCUCUAUGAGAAAGUUGGAUCUGACAAUUGUACUGGUGUCUCUGGCUUCUUGGCUUUCAAGAAUUUUGAUUAUGGUGCCAUGGUACAGGUAGAGAACAGUGUGAAGAUAGAGAACGUCACUCUGGUGGACAACUCUGUUGGGCUUUUGACAGUAGUGCAAGUCUCAUCUCCACAAGACACAAUCAGAAAUGUGCAGAUUGUGCUUAGGAACUCAGUCAUUGUGGCCACCAGUUCUUCUUUCGAUUGUAUUCUGGACAGAACAAAGCCUCGCUCAGCCAGCUUGACCUCAACAGAUCGAGCACCUCCCAACCCCAAAGGAGGCCGAGUUGGUAUCCUGUGGCCUGUAUUCACCUCAGUGCAAAAUCAGUGGCCUUGGGAACCUUGGCACAAAGUAAAAAAUGGUCAUUCAGUUUCAGGAAUCAUGAAACUUCAAGAUGUCACUUUUUCUAGUUUUGUGAAAAGUUGCUAUAGUGAUGACCUGGAUAUCUGCAUCCUGCCAAAUUCAGACAGCACUGGAAUGGCUGCCCCAAUAAUAGCAGAGAGGACCAGGAUGUUCAAGAUCAGAGAUAAGCACAAGUUCUAUUUCCCUCCAUUGCACUCAAGGAAAAACUUAGAAGGAGUGAUCUGCUCUGAAUCAGAUUGUGAAAAUCCAAGAAAAUAUCUCUUCAAGGACCUGGAUGGUACAGCGUUGGGUCUACCUCCACCAGUUUCUGUAUUUCCUAAAACUGAAGCAGAAUGGACUGAAUCCUUCUUCAACACAGGUCCAUUCAGAGAAGAACAGAAAUGUACAUAUCGAUCAUCAGUACAAGGCUUCAUCUGCAAACAGACUGAUCAAGUGGUCCUAACUCUUAAUAGUGUCAACGUCACCUGGCCAAUUCAGAAGUUACAUCCAGUUGUAUCAGUUACUAGAGGUUUUGUUGAUACAUUUAGUAGUAUAAAUGAUAAUACUCUUUGCUCUACCUCUGGCUCUGUGUCUACCUUUUAUUCCAUUUUACCUACCAGGCAAAUUACCAGGGUGUGCUUUGUUGAUCAGACUCCUCAAGUUUUGCGUUUUAGUCUAUUAGGGAACAAAAGUACCUCCAAGCUUCUCUUAGCUAUAUUCUACCAUGAAAUCCAGAGCCCCCGUGUUUUCUUAGGUGGAAGUUUUAUUCCACCUACUUUCGUGCAGUCAGCCUCAUCAUUGUUGGAUGAAUCUAUUGGUGUCAACCAUUUCAGCAUUGCAGAUAACCUCUUGUAUGUUGUUCUACAAGGAGAGGAAACCAUUGAAAUACGCACAGACCUUUCUCUUCAUUUGGCCUUCUCUGUGACAUUUUCAGUCCUGGAAAAAGGCUGGGAAGUUAUGAUACUUGAAAAACUAACUAACUUCUUACAGAUUGACCAAAGCCAAAUCAGAGUUACUCAUGAGAUGCCUGGCAAUGAAAGAACUCUAAAGGCUUUUGCUGACAGUAAAGCAAAGAGAAAACGCAAUUGUCCAACCGUGACUUGUGCCAGUCAUUACAGAAGAGUUGGUCAACGGAGACCUCUCAUGAUGGAAAUGAGCUCCUCUAGGGUCUUCCCACAAACCACAGUGGAAACUAUCUCAAAACUGAUUGUCAUUGAAAUUGGUGACCUGCCAGCAUCAAAGAAGACUAGACAAAUUUCAUGUUUAUCAAGUUACAAAUUACAGAAUUUGGCUCACCAAGUCAUCACUGCUCAACAGACAGGAGUACUAGAGAAUGUUCUGAACAUAAGUAUUGGUGCCCUACUGGUUACCCAGUCAAAGGGAGUCAUGGGCUAUAUAAAUGCAAGCAGUUUCAAAGAUAGAAGCUUAAUAUAUGCUCGGCCAUAUGCUCUUUUCGUCCUGGUCCAGCCUUCAGAUGGAGAAGUGGGUAAAGAGCUUCCAGUGCAGCCACGGCUCAUCUUUCUGGACAAACAGUAUCAAAGAGUGGAGUCCUUGGGGUCCCCCUCAGAGCCAUGGACCAUUUCAGUUUUCCUGGAAGGGACAUCAGAUUCAGUGCUAAGAGGUUCCACCCAGGCAAAAACACAGGAUGGUUAUGUGAGCUUCUCCAACUUGGCAGUCUUGAUCUCUGGGUCAAACUGGAGCUUUAUUUUUACAGUUACAUCCCCUCCAGGAGCCAAUUUUACAGCUCGGUCGAAGUCUUUUGCUGUCUUUCCUGAGACCAGAAAGGAGAGAUCAACCAUCAUCCUGGCUACUUCCAUGGGCUCGGUGGUCUCCUGGCUGGCGUUGAGCUGUCUGGUGUGCUGUUGGUUUAAAAGAAGCAAACACAGAAAAACAAAACCUGAGGAAAUUUCUGAGUCCCAGACUAAUGAUCAAAAGAAUCAGAUCCAUGACUCAUCCAAAUGGCAAGCAUCACAAAUAGAGCCAGAAAAGGAAGAUUCCAGGAAAGCUGAAGAUAUGAGAAUGCAGGUCCUGCUGGGUAGACUGAACCGGCUCCCACACCAGACACUGGAUGGAGUGUCCAGAAGGAAGCUCGGCCACCUCCGCGCAGCUCGGGAGGAAGAGGCUGCUGUACCUGCGCCCAGUACUGCUGGCCUCGGGUCCCAGGGCCACACCUGUGAUCCGGGCUCUUCUACUCAGCAGGUGCACCCGCCCGAGAAUGAGACCCAAGAGCAGUUGAUCAGAUACCAGCAGGCAAACCCGGAUCAGCGGCUGCUGCUAGGCCCACACCUCAGCCAAGACAGGCAGCAAGGGCAGGGACAGAGUCACCGGAGUGCAGACAAGGUCGGCGUGGACCUUUCGCAAGAGAAGAGCACCUCGGGCCAUGCCACUGGGACACUGUGUCUUCCUGCAGCACAGCCAGAAACUAUUUAGGAGCAGCUGUGAUCAGGGAAGGAUGUGGCCACUUGAGCUGAGAGGCAGAAUGCUAAAAAUAUUUCUGGAUGAUAAGAAGGGGAGGGGAGGCCUAACCGGUGUGAUCAACCGAAGAGGGAGGACAUGGACUCUGAAUCUGUCUUUCAAGUAUAAAACAGGAAGCCAGUGAAAACUUAUUAUAUUUUUUUUUACUUAGUUUUAACUUAAACUAGUUAUGGUUCUACUUCACCAAUUUAUUAAUCACAAUACUGAUUUAUAUUUGAAGGGAUUUUAUUAAGCGUUUCCUGGGUUGAGGACCCACAAAGCUUUGGGCUUUUCUUAUGGAAAAUUGUGAAAAGUGUAGUCAGCCACAAUUAUUUACACAGUAUUACAGAAUCAUAUUUCUUUAUCCAGAGUAGGAACAUUGAAAGGACAGGACUGUUGUUCCUGCUCCUGAUAUACCAGAGCCUAUCUGCCAUCAACCCUACUUCCUGCUUUUUCACAAGUGAAAAAUUUUACUUCAUGGCUUAAAUUCCACCAUUACUGGGAACCCACAGUAAUGCAAGCAUAUGAAGUUUGUAUCUCAUAAGUGCUUAUAUUUGAAAAUUUUAUUUUUGGGGGUUUCACUGAAAUUUUAAUUAAGGACAAAGAUGUAAAAAUACUAAGUUUGGAGAAGGAAAUUAUUUGCAGACUAAAGUUACACUUUUCAGUGGUUUUCUCCAUUAAUACCUGGAUCAAAUUUAUGUGUAGAUACCAUGGGUGGCUAGAUGGCCCAGUGGAACAUCACCUAACUCCUUCACCAAACAAAUUAACUUUUAAUAAAAAAUGCACAGAGCUGCCCCAGAAAAGGAAGGAGAGAUUAUAUCAGGUGCUACCAUUCCAGGCUGUACUAGAGUCUAAGGAAAAACAGAGUGAAGAAUCAACUAGCACUGACAAAUUGAGUAAGGAUAUGAAACGGAUUUCACCUCAUUUACAUAUUCGCAUAGGGCCGCUCUCUGUUCACACUAAAGAAUAUAGUUUGGCGAUGUGACUUUCCUUAGCUCUGUACCUGCAAGUCUUUGCAUUCCAAGAAUAGAAAGCAAAGGCAGAACAGUGAGAAGAAGUUGCUCUCAGAUUUUCCUUAGGGGUAAACCAGGAUUUCUCAACCUACAUAAAGCUAAGGUGCUACCUUGUGUUUGAGCUGAAACGGAAGAAGAAAACACGAUCCCCUGUUACUGAAUUUUAAUAAUGAAUCCCUGAGUUAGGGCCUAUAACAGGGAAUGGCGCCGGAAGUCACCCUCUAUGGUAAGUCUAUGGAGAGGUACAUCUCACUCUAGCAUGAGUUAUCAGGAACAGACUCUGCCUGUUUGUCCAGCCCUGAAGCAUCUUGUGGAUAUUGCAUAUCCUAAGCUGCACCUGAAGGGAAGAGAGCAGCCUUUCUAGAGCACAGUGCUGGAUUCUCAGGGAGAUAUAAAUAGAUAUUGACAUUGCUGGUUCUAGGAGAUUACAGUCUAUGCUAUUUGAGUAAGGAGGCUAUUGAAGAGCAAUCUGACCUGUAGAAAUUUACUCUGAAGGUGCAUUCUGAAGGGGAAACUCUCUUUGCUAAUAUUUUUUGGGGACUGCCAACAGUGCUUGGAAAUACAAGACAAAAAAAUAGCUUGAAUGACUUAGACAAUUGCUUCUGUUGUUCAGUUUCCUUAUUCACUAUAGCUUCCUAGUCUAUGAAAGUUAUUUGCCUUUACACAUUCUCUAGUGUGUAUAUUGAAUUCUCACAGAACUGCAAACUUCUUGGAUAAAAACAUUUCAGAAGUUAAGACUUUUGAGGAUCAGAAUGUCAUGGAAGUCUUAGAUCUUGUACUGUCUGCUAAAAGUUGAGGGGUUAGCUAUGAAUUCAGUUCCCAUAAUACUCCAGUAACUUUCUUCCCACUUUAUAUUUUAGUGUAGGAAUUUCUGAUGCUCUAUAAUACAGUACAGACUCUAUGCCAUCUUUUAAAGUUGCCUAGUUUGAAUUUCAGUAGAGUACCUAUUAUGGAUUAAAAACUGGUGGUCAACUCAACGCCAGAAGACUUGAAUUACCAAGCUUUAGAGCACAGAUGUUUCACCAGAGGAAGAUUGCCAGCAUAAAUGGAGAUGUAGAGAAGGAGAAGGGGAUGCUUUGAAGUGUUAAGGCAUUGAGAUGUUGAAGUAUUGUGGGUUCUCCUAUGUGUUGCUGUUGGGGCCGUUAGGUUCUCCUGGAGAAGCUUUGGUUAGCACAUUGAGCAUUGCUUCCUGGCUUCAGAGAGGAAGACUUGAUCUCCAGAAGGAGCUAGUCAUGCUGGCUUCCUGGCUGGUUCUUGACUGUGCUUGCUGUCGGGGAGCUCAGGGCUUCCACGUCACUGAGGAUGGCUGUGGUGCUUUUCAGGACAGCCCUGGUCUUUGCUGUGAGUGUGACUUCUCAGCUCCAGUGUAGAACCCUCAACCCACCAGCAUCAUUCCUUCACCCUCCUGGCAUAGACUUUCUAGUUUCCACAUUGACCUUUGGGACCUCUCAGCACAGAUCCAUAAAAGAGACUGGUAUGAGGCCUUCUUGUGGGCUCUGGGCCUCCAGCUGAACUCAUGGGAUUCAUUGUCAUGACCUUUGGAUUUUCAUCUGGACUCAUGUGAGACAUUGCUGUGGGAUUCAGGCCUUUGGCUGAAUAUUCUAUAUUUUAGUGCUGUGGAUAGAUUUCCUACAUCUUCUUGUGUUAACUCUGGGUGAUCAGCAUAAAAAUAAUAUUAUAAACUCCA